AUGGAGGCGUCAUGUGGAGGCUCCUGUGAAGUCAAACGCUUACAUCGAGUACGUCUUUCCCUCGUCUUUGCCGUCGUGAGCAUCUCGCGCAGGUAUCCUGGCAGUGUUGAGAUGGCGGCCAAAGCCCUAGCAGAUCUCAUGGCUGACGAGGACCCCAGCGUUCGCAGAAAGGCCACAGCAGGCCUGGCAGAGAUAGACAUGCGGCGCUUGCAGUUUCCUCGGCGCGCCCUGCUCUUGCCACUGUUGCGGGCUUUGUCAGACAAGGAUCCUCAAACGCGGCGUGCUGCCGCUGAAGCUCUGAGCGAGAAGGCAGCAGAGCUGACGAAGCUGCCGAUACUGCUGACGCACGGUUGGGGUCAGGAUGCUGGUCGGUUUCCUGCACUGCGGACUGCCGGUGGCGAUGAGGUAGAUGCCUUGCUGUCGGAAGUCUUGCAGAACAGUGUCGACUUCUGGUGCUUCAAGUCUGCUGUCGCCCUGUCUUUGGCACUCUCAGGCAGCAGCAAGUCAAAGGAUGCCAAGGUGUGGGAUGUUCUGCUGGACCCGAGCUGGGCUGCUGCCCUGCGCAUGAGCAUGAGUUCCUGCUGUGUGCAUCUACUCCACUAUGCGGCAUAUUGUUCUUGUGCCGCGAUUUGGCUCAUGCCAUCGAUUCCGCGAGCAAUGCAAAGCAAGCCACACCACGAGCAGGAAUUCUGCAGAGGCAAGUGCGAGACAAGGAGCCCGCCUCCCGCCUUCCUAGUCGCCUCCUGCACAGCCAGUCAAGCACCGUCUUUCUUGCAGAGGCAACUACGCAUCCGACCCUUGUAG